CAUGAGGACGUGGUGGGGGCGGCAUCGCGUCAGCUCUCUCCGGACGGCUUUCUUGUUUGUGCUUUUUUUAAACCCCACCUGCCGAGUUGAAUACAUGAUAGUCAUCCUAGGGAUGUGCAGGUGUGCUAGUGUCGUGGAAUUGACGUGCCUUAGGAGAGUAUAAGAGUGAUUAAGUUGUAGUGUUGAUAAGAGGCAGGACAUUCGACCUCUGAGUCUCUCUCACACACACACACUACGGUGCCAACGCUUCCACUAGCAGCCUUCAGGGACCAUCUCAGCCUCCAUGGCCUCCUGCUACGACUUUAAGGUGUAAUGGCGUCGUAGCCUGCUGGAGCCAAGCUCAACACCGGCUCAACUAGUCAUCCCAUCCUGGACGCCUCCAACAAGCCUGCCCUCCGCCAUCAUCUCCUCCAUCAGCCGGGACGCUGCUAAGGUGUGUAAGUUGCUAGUGAGGUCAAGGUGGAGUUGGCCCUUGACCCGAGAGUGUGACAGUGGGUCCCGGCCCGCCUCAAGUCCUCGCCAGAUGACGAUGGAAAGCCCCCAUCACCCCCUGAAGGAGAGUCCGCCGCCUUCCCCAGGAGACGAUAGUAAAGGAAGCGAUCUAGUGGAUAGCACAAGUGCCCUAUCCAACCCUCUGUUAGUAACAAGUGCAGGAGGCCUGAUGGUGACCAACCCUGCUCUCUUCACCCACACUAUGCUGAGUGCAGCCCCGACGCUUCUCCUGGGAAACUCCCCCGUUCUUGGGAGUGACUGGAUGGGACGUCUAAAAGAACUCCAGGAGCGAGGAGGUCUGGCUGCAGCAGCGGCGGCUGCAGCUGCAGCCAGCUCAGGCAGUGACAUCGACAGCAGAGACCUAGAAAAUUCUCACCAGUAUACAUCUCGUAACACUGGCCAACCAGUUGCUAUGGACCUCUGUGUUGUCUGUGGUGACCGAGCUUCGGGGCGUCAUUAUGGAGCCAUCAGUUGUGAGGGUUGUAAAGGGUUCUUCAAAAGGUCAAUUCGUAAACAGCUCGGUUACACGUGUCGAGGAAACAAGACGUGUGAAGUCACUAAGCACCAUCGGAAUAGGUGCCAAUACUGCCGGCUGCAAAAAUGUCUGGCGAUGGGCAUGCGCAGCGACUGUAAGAACGAUACUAAGGAUUUGUACAAAACAGUCCAGUCAGAAAGAAAGCCAAAUAGCUACUUAAGUACAGGGGAUCGGCAAGAUAAGGAAGGCAGUCCGCCUCUGUCGAUGAAUCCUUUAGUGGGGUUUGAGUCGCCCUCUCCCACAAUGACUUCCAGCAAGACUCCGGUCGUGGGAAAAGAUAUUCCCUCACAACCUCCGACGAGCUUGGCGGAACUUCAUCUUCAAAUGGCAAAGGCCUUUGAGGGUGCGUUCAAUAUGGAACCCAAAGACACAGAAUGGACCGAGUCUAGCAAUGGUGAUGGUCAACGGGACGACGACUCCCCCGCCACUAAUGGCGAUGGAGACAGACAUACAAAUGAUAAACACGUAAAACGGGCAUUGGAAAAUUUAUCAAAAUUAAAUGGUUCAGAAAAUGGUGACUGUGAUGACAAUGAAAGCAACAGUACAUACGAACUUGAUGGUCCAUUACUGGCAGACAGCUUGGUACCAUUUAACUUAACUGCCCCGUCCCCUAUGCCUGCCUACCUCAAUGUUCAUUACAUCUGUGAGUCAGCAUCUAGAUUGCUGUUCCUAUCUGUCCACUGGGCUCGCAAUAUCCCCACCUUCCAGUGCCUCAGCCAAGAGACACAAGUGACACUGGUUCGGGGUUGUUGGUCAGAAUUGUUCACUCUGGGUAUGGCUCAGUGUAAUCGAAUCAUGUCCCUCAACACUAUUCUCACCGCCAUAGUGUCCCACCUCACACAAGCCGCUGCUGGUGAAAAGCUCACGCCAUCCCGGUUCAAACAGGUUUCUGAGCACAUAAGUCGCCUCCAGGACUUUGUGACGGCAAUGUCUAAACUUCAACCCGAUGAACACGAAUAUGCUUACUUAAAAACUAUAGUGCUCUUCCAAUAUGAAAACGUUCAAGGAGGAAAGCGAAACCAGAUAGAACGGCUACAAGAGCGAGCGGCUCAGGAGUUACGGCAUCAUGUUGAUGAUUCUUAUCCAGACACACCUGAAAGAUUCUCCAGACUCCUCCUUAAAUUGCCAACACUUAAAGCGCUUCAACCGCAGGUUAUGGAGGAGUUGUUUUUUGCAGGUUUAAUAGGGAAUGUGCAAAUAGACUCUGUAAUUCCAUAUAUAAUGAAGAUGGAGAUGGCUGAAUAGUUGAACCAAGUGUUGAUGGCACAGAAUUGUUGGCCAAAGAAAAAUUACUGAACGUUGGUGAGUAAAUUAAUCUCCAGAAAGAGACAGUGCCGUAUGUGUGUGUGGUCAUCUUCCUGAAUUCCCCAGAAACAAAAAGACAUUUUCCAAAGUUGUGGUGUGAGGACCUCGGGUGUUGCACUUGUUCAAAUACAAAAAAAUACAUGGUAAUGGCCAGGAUAGUGAUAGGCUGAGGAUACACACAUUCAGAAAGAAACCAGUGACUUUGUGCUGUGGAUUUGUACUUGAUGGGCUUUUCGUAACAAAGAGGUCGAGCUUAGAAGGCAUUUGUUCACAUGUCUUAAAGAUUUGUUGCGGUUACACUUGUGUCAACAGCUAAAGCUUUAAAUUGUGCUGAUUACUGUUUUCUGAUCUCGAUCUUUUUCAUGUUCAUCUCCAGUGGAUCAGGGUACUUUCAUAAGCAUUAUUUUAAGUAUAUUUGCAGUUGAUGUACAGCAUGUUUUUCAACACAAACAGCUCAUUACUGUGUAAUAAAUUAAGGCUGUUGUUUAUUAUCAAUACAGAAAUGUGAUUAAAGGCCAGUUUUUGCAAUUGCUCUAGCGUUCAUGGAAGACAUUGAUCAGAGAACAGAUGGACAACUUUGUUACACAAGGCUGUGUAUAAGUAAAGCUUAUCACUGCAUUUCAGAAUGUAAACAUAAGCUUUAUUGAAACAGUACAAGGGUUACAGUUGUUGAUCUCGCCACAGCUUACUGCUGAGCAUGGAAACUCCGGGCUUCCAUGAAAUCUGGCAUGACCAGCAAUAGGCUGAAUUAAAACAGGUGCAAAAAAGAUGUUAUCUUUAUAGUGCAUAUACAAAUUUUUGUAACACGGUCAACAUUUGCUGGUCAAGUCAUUAGUGUGAGAUGAUUGAUGAAAAUUGUAACCUAAACAUGACUAAAGGCACAAUUUCAUAAUUAUAUACAGCAUGUCACCCAUACAUGAAGUUUAGAAUACAUUAUCAUCAAUCAAAUCACAGAAUUAAAAGAUAGGGUCCAGAUAACACACUCAAGAUUCUCCAAAGGAAUGGUCUUAGCAUAUUUUUUAUCUUUCCAUACAGGCUAAAAAUGAACUCUCUACUAAUUAAAACACAUGUAACAUUUCCUAAAGUAAUAUAGACAAAGGGCAUAUAAUAUAUUUCUUGGUUUCAAUAUAUUCAUUCUUGUAUCCAAAUCAAAGCAAGAGAGUUUGGAAAUAUUAAAUAUUUCAGAUUUAUCUGGCUAACAACAAUAUUUCUCCACAAAAUAAAACUAGCAAAAAUAAAAUAAUUCCACUUUCUUUGCAUGGUUUGGAUGCGAGUGAGAAUGAAAUGUGGCGAACGUUUGAAUUAGUUUAAAUCCAAAGUACAGUAUGUGAAGAGAUCAUGUUCUUUGUUUAUUUACAGUACAGUACACAUGUUAAUGCAACUGCAAGGUGUAUCUUAUUUCUCUUUCACUAAUGUUUUGAAAUAUCAUAAGGAUUUAUUAUUUUAUUGUAAUAUUCUGUAUAUAGGGUGGUGCUUUUAGUGAACAUAUUGUCAUCUGAUUAUCAUUUAUCAUAAUUGUUUAGGAUUUUUUAAAUAGAUGUUACAAUAAUAUUGUCAGUAUUAUUUGUGAGUUAUGUAACAUUUUUUUAAAGUCUGUUCUCUUGUUUGAGGCAGUAUACAUUAAACAGAUAUUCAGCUGUGUUGUCACAGUUAACAUCUUUCUGAUUUUUCAGUUUGGUCUCUUCUUUUUCAUGUUAAUCAGACUUUGGGAUUGAAAAAUUGUGACUUUGUGAGCUAUUACAUUUGGGUGCUCCCUUAGGUAAGAUCCAUCCUAGUUCCAAAGAAGUGGAUUAUGUGAGUGAUGGCAGGCGGACAUCAGGGAUCUUAACCUAUCACAAGUUGAGUCAGAUCAUACUGGUGCUAGGAAGGCACUGGAGAAAACCUCAAUCCAGACUACUGUGACCACAGGAGGUUCACUCUAUAAAUAAUAAAAACCUUUCCAUGCCCUAAUUGGCAUUACGAGGAUUACCAAGUAGAACGCUUGUAAACUGCUAGUUAGCCCACCUUGUGCUACUCUGACCACUACCAAAUUGCAGUUUCCAUGGCAACACUCGGUCUUGUGUCUUGAUCCUUAUCACAUUCCUCCUUACUGGUCCCCAUGAUGAUUGAGCUGACUUGAAGAAAUCAGACUCGGUUAAGGGAUUUUUUUUCACUAUGCUUAUAGGUACUUGCUUCUUCAGUUUAAUAACUUUUUAAAUCCUUCUCGUUUGUGGUUUCCUCGUCUUGAGGUACUAACUUAGAUGUGCUAAAAGGAUCAAGCUAGGCUCCAAGCCUCUCCUUCUGAAAGUUUAGAUUAAUGCAAUGACUCGUUUCACAUGCUUUUAUCAUAUUUACAUUUAAAACUUUGAAUUGGGUUAGCUUCAAAGACUUCUGCGUCUAACCUGUUCCAUACAUUGCUAGCUUUGACACUCAAAAAAGGUCUUCCUGACGUUCCUGUGACUCAUUUGCGCCUCAAGUUUAAAUCUGUGACCCCCUCGUUCUGCUGUUCCAAGCUUCGAACAAUGCUACUUUGUCUACCUUAUAAAUUUCCCUUAGAAUCUUAAAUGUUGUUAUCAUAUCCCCCCUAUCUCUCCUUUGCUCAAGUGUGUUAAGGUCCAAUUCCCUUAGACUUUCCUCAUAGCUUAAGCUCUUCAACUCAGGAAUGAGUCUUGUUGCAUAUCUCUGGACCAAGGUUUCCAUGGUUCCUUGUUUCCAAACUAAGCAUUUGUACCCACUUGGGUACUUUCUGUUGCUAUGUCACCUGUUGUCUAUGGGGUGUGGUUUGUUUGUUCCCAGGUCUUGCCCUGCCUGAGUUCUUCAUGGCUGUAUUUUUUUCCUGUCACAGACUACAUUUGUCCUCCUUUUUCUUAGGGUUAGACAGAGUUUGAAUAGGGGUUAGCCAAUGACUCGUGCCUUUUUCUCCAGGCCUCUCCUUCGCCCAUCAUAGCUGGGUGAAGGAGAGUAGUCUGGUGGCCUGUUGCUGGUUACAGUCAGGUGUUUGCUGUGCACUGCUGAUCACUAUGGAACAUUAUUACACAAAUGGGCAAUCCUGAUUUGUGCAGCAAGAUGGGAUGCCAUAUGUAAUAUUUUGAUGAUGGCCAACCUUUUUACCUCCUGCAUUUCCUGGUGGGUUCAUGGUUCUAUAGUGUAUGCAGUGUGCUGUGUGUGUGUGGUCUCAGAACAGUCAUCUUGUUAGGUCACUCAUAAAGCAGCUGCUAAGUUGUGGACUCCUUCACUAAAAUAUUGAAGUGCUGGAGGACUUGGUUUUCAGCUUCUGUGAAGCCUUUGUAUGAUUCCCUCGUUUUAGAGGCAGAUUUAGCCUGUCUGGUUCAGACAACAUUUGAGUUAAGACAGAAUCAAAACGAGUUCUGCUCAAGCCUUUUUCAAGCCUUUUGAUUGCUUAUGUCUCGGCUAAUAAGUGUUCAACUUCCCAAUCCCUUCCCUUGUUGUGGUAUUUAAGCAAUUAUGUAUAUUGCUCAUUGUGUCUGCUACAGUAGUACUACUGUAGCAGUAGUACUACUAAAAGCAGCUACUGUUGUCUAUUGUGUACCAUAUACUCAUACUGUAAACAGCAGUGCAAGAGAAAUACAGAAACUACUCCCUUUAGUGGUUAAACCUCCAGCCACUGAAGGUAUUACUCAGAUCCAAGUGGAUGUUAUUUGACCUUUCUCUUACAAUUUAUCUGUACACCUUGUAUUUAAUUAUAAUGAUGGCUAGUAACAAUGCUGCUUGCACUGUAACUGCUUUCUAUGACAAUAUAAUAUUCAUGAGAGCUAAGUCAUUUAGGUAAUACAUAAUUUUCAACAUAAAUUGGAUAUUACAGGGUAAGUGUUGCUAAUUAAAAAUUUUGGCUGCACAGCUUAUACUUUAUGACAUAUAUUUCUCUUUAUUAGAAUGCAUUAUUCCAGCUUGUAUUCCAUCUUGUGUUGGUGUUGAGGUUGCACCACUUCUCACAGCUGAACUUUACCUAUGUGUUGUAUCCUCUGUACUACAUCCAGCUGAAAGUACUGAACUGAUUACACUGAUUUUAUGCUCAUCCCCAAUAUUGGAUCACUGUUCAGUCUUCCUUGGCCUAGCAGAAUCUCCUUCUUCAGCUAUUGCCUUUAGAAGUUUUCCGAGUUUGGUUCCUUGGAGGUUUCUAACUCCAACUCUUGAGUUGUUUACCGACAUUUCUGGCCUCUGA